CUCCGCGCCUGCUUAUCCUUUACCAACUCUCAACCCACAGGCUCGCCCCCCUACGGUUCUGUCUCUCACAUCCCUCUCAUAAGCCACUCCCCUACCAUCCAGCCCUUGUCUUCUUUCCCUCGCCUCCCCCUCACUCCCAGCUCCGCACUCGCCCCCCCACAGCUGGGAGAGUGGGUGCAGAAUGGCGGUGAGAGUGGCAUGGAGCAGGCAGACUCGGCCCUUGCAGAAUGGGCGCACUGCUCGCCAAGGCAAGGCACUAUCCCCUCCCUUCCCCAUACCCUCUUCCUCCCCAACCCUCCCAUUCCCCACCCCUCCCAGUUCCACACGUGCGUCUCCUCUGCCACGCACCUGCGUCUCCUCUGCCACGCACCUGCCACGGAUCCUGACCCCACGGUGGCGCCGCACUGCGCUCACCCUUGUGCUGCCCCUUCUUCUCCCCUCCCCACUUCCCUUCAUCCCUCCCCCCAUCUCCUCACCAGCUCGGAACCGCACGUGCCUCUCCUGCACCGACUACGCUCUUCCUUCCUCCCUCCACCCCGCGUACCACCAGCUCCGCACCACUCCGCACCGACCACACCGAAGAAGCUUCUUCCACACCGGCUUCUGCCCGGUGUGGACCCGUAUGCACUGCCUUGCACAUUCCUCUCAUCACCACUGUGCUCUUUACCUUUUCCCCCCUCUCUCCUCCCCCUCCAACACCCCCUCCUCCCCUCUUCUCCCCCCUCUCCCGCACCCCCUCCCCCCUCCCCCCCCUCCACCAGCUCCGCACCUGCUCCUCCCACACCGGCUUCUGGCCCCACCCCUAGGGGGCUGCCACCCCUAGCCCUGCCUCUCCCGCUCCUCCCUCUCAUGCCCACCCCUCCACUUGGCUCUCGGCUUGCUGCUAAUGCGGGGGAAUGGGAGCUCAGUGCGCCCACGCGACCCACACACACCCUCUCAGCUAUUCCAGUGCAUCAUGGCGGGGAGCUUCAGCAUGCCCCUCUCCCUGCCCUAUCGCUCUCCUUCAGAAUGGGGAUCUAUGGUCCAUGCACCAUCAGGUAUGGCCCAUCCGUCAUGGCCAAUCAACAAUUAGCCAUCACCCAUUGCCAUAAUGCUAUGCCAUCCAUUCCAUUGCCCAUGGCCUUGCCGCUCCCCAACCACCUUUCCGCAGUGGGCAAGUGGACGGACUGGGCAGUGGGCAUGGCAUGA